CAUGGUCAUUCUCCCCAGAGAUUUUAGCUAAUAGAGGGACGGUAUUUAUAGAAGGUCUUUUCAAUGCAUCCUCUUAAUCAGUUACUAUCCAACCAUACGCCUGGACACCACACACUCCACACAGUGCAAGAGCAACUCUGAACACUACCGAAGCAAUGUCUACAGACCGAUUUGACUGCCAUUACUGCAAAGACUCACUGCUUGGAAAAAAAUACAUCCUAAAAGAAGACACGCAAUACUGCACCAAGUGUUAUGAGAACCUCUUUGCUAACUGUUGUGAGAGUUGCUCCUUACCAAUCGGGUGCAACAACAAGGAUCUCUCUUACAAGGAUCGCCACUGGCAUGAGAACUGUUUCAAGUGCGGAAAAUGCAGCCGCUCCUUAGCGGAGAAAGCGUUUGCUGUUAAAGAUGACCUUCUCCUCUGCAACGAGUGCUACUCCAACGAGUACUCAGCCAAAUGCACUAACUGCAAAAAAACUAUCCUGCCAGGCUCGCGGAAAAUGGAGCACAAGGGGAACAGCUGGCACGAGACCUGCUUUCUGUGUCAGCGCUGCCAGCAGCCGAUAGGAACCAAGUCCUUUAUCCCCAAAGAUAACAGCUACUUCUGCGUCCCCUGUUUCGAGAAGCAGUUCGCCUAUCAGUGCUGCUCCUGCAAGAAAGCUAUCACUACUGGUGGGGUGACCUACAACGAAAAGCCGUGGCACCGUGAAUGUUUCACUUGCAUCGGCUGUAAGAAACAGCUGGCAGGGCAACGCUUCACCUCCCGAGAGAACUACCCCUACUGUCUGGAGUGCUUCAGCAACCUGUACGCUAAGAAAUGCGUCGGUUGCACCAAACCCAUAACUAGUUUGGCAGGAGCCAAGUAUGUCUCGUUUGAGGAGCGUCAGUGGCACAGCGAGUGCUUCACAUGCAUGCAGUGCUCCGUGUCACUCGUGGGCCGCGGUUUCCUCACACAGCGUGACGACAUUCUGUGCACCGACUGCGGACGUGAGAAGUGAUGUCGUGAAUGGCAAAAAAAAAAACCCAGCUUUUGAUCAGUGAUGUGUUCUCAUAUUAUUCUUAACACACCUUUGUCUGCAUGUCUUCAUUAUUUGCAUAAAGUUGAAUUCCAUUGCCAUUUUAAGCUUUAGAGAGGGUAAUUAAUUAUUACCGGUGUAUCUCCAGAUAUCUCAUGUGGGUCAUUUUUAUGGACUGUGUGAAGUGACCUACAGAAAUAUCAUGUCCUAAUUUAUGUUUAUGUCUUUUAUUCAUCAACAUUGACAAGUCAUUUGGAAAAGAUACCAAGGUUUCCAAAAAUUAGGAUUAGCGGAGAGAGAACGUGUUAGCAUUCAUACCUUUUCUCACAGUUUCUUUUGUGAAAACCAAGCACAGUAGAAAUCACCCUUGCUCAAUCUACUUCAUAAAAAUAUGCAUAUAGUAUAAUGUGAUCAAUUCUAUUACUUCAUCAUUUGAAGUGAAGUUCUUUAGAAAGAUGUUGGAUGAGAGAUGAAAUCAGCAUCACCAUCAAAUCAGUGAGCGAAAAGUCCUCUGAGUCUUAUACACAUCUCUGAGCUCUUUUAAAUUUCCUUAAAUGGGAAGUAGAGCUGUUUUUAAAUGUAAGCAAAGACAGUAAAAUUAAUGCAUGUUCAUAUAUGGCGAAGCAGAGACAGUAAAUUUUUUUUAAUGUUUGAGUCAGAGUGGUUAUAAAGAGUGACUGCCUCAAAGCUGAACUUUGACCCUGAGCCUAAAUAAUGUCCGCAAAUCAGUUUUAGUUUUAGUUAAAGUUCUAACAGAAAUGGCUUAAUAGGUUAAAAAACUUUAACGAAUAGUGAUAUUUGAUAUUAUUUGAUAGUAAAUGGAAACAGAAUGUGAAAAAUAGUUGACGUGUAUGCCAUGCACAUAGAAAUAUUCAUAGAAGCAGUUUUUUCGCUUGCAUUUAGAAGGCACAUAGUACUGCUCAGAAGCUUUUGGAUAUAUUUCUACUAUUGCAUCAUACAUCACAAGUACAACCACUAUGAGUAUGUUCUGAAAGAUCUGCGCAGUAAAUAAAAAUGCUUACUUGAAUUGUGUGAUUUCUUUGACCACUGUCAGAAACAUCAUUCUGGAGAAAAAAGAUAAGCUAUCUAAGAGAGGAUGUGUUUACUGUAUGUGACAUUUAGAGUAAUAUUUAGCACUCGAAAGCAAAUUUAUUAAUACACUGGAGUAAAGAAUAAAACAGGAUGAAGUGUGUUGUUAUUGGCAACCGAUCAAUGA